UCAAGUGUGCCUGAAAAAAUUAUAUUCUUCACGUAAACAAGCGAUAAAAAUGUGGACACUUUUUAGUUAGUGAAUUGUAUGGAGUUCCACUGCUGUGGUGGAAUAUUCUACAACUAAGCAAAAUGCAAUCCGUUAAAAGAACCCGUGAUGUUGAAGAACGCGAUGCCGAGACCGAGGAAUGCGAUGAAAUGUCAACUCCGCACACCGACCCAUCGGUUUACUGCCGGCUAUGUUUCUCAAUAACGCAUUUGGAGCCUGUUUUUCGGAGUUCCCUUGAUAAAAACGUACGUUUGACGAGACUCGUCAAAUCGACGACGGGAGUAAAACUUGACUCGAAAUCAGACGCUGCUUGUUCCAUCUGUCGCAAGUGUCUGGAUAAAAUUAACGACUUUCGACGAUUCCGGAAGCUAUGCCAGCUGCUGAAUAAUGUUGUACUGCGAGAGAGAACGGAUGCACAACCAAGUUUGGAGGAUAACAUCGAUCUUACAAUAUCGGAUCACGAAGAGAAUCAAUUAAGGCAAGAGGAUAUUGAUGUAGACCAAAAUAGUGAAGAAGAUGACAAUGAGGAUAGCGAUGUUGAAUGCACAGGAGUGAUACAAUUGCCGCAGGCCGAUGAAGCAGGGGAAGAGACUAACGGGCUUCCGUUUGUUCAAAUCGGAGACGAACUGUUCCGCUGCAACCAAUGUUCCACCACGACGAUUAGCUCUGAGCGAAUGAUAACGCAUAUUUACGCAGCUCAUCCGGAGUCUACUGUUUGCGAUCCAACACCCAUACGAAUAGGUCAAAAGGUUUUCUACAAAUGCGGUUCAUGUGACGCUCUGUUUACCCAGAAGAGGAAUAUAAGGAAGCAUAGCUUGAAAUAUCACAAUAAAAACAACGGUCCCACCGUUAAAUUAUUAUGUUCGAUUCCGGGGUGCCAAAGCACCUUCAUAGAGCCACACGGUUUACAUCGACACUUGAAAAUGAAUCAUUAUCAGAGUAAGUAGAAGGAACGGUCGACCGUCAGUUCACAAAUAUUGAAAUAUGGAAUACUAUAUAAUACAGAUAUUUGAAGCAAA